CGCACCAACGGCGUGCACACCCCACUUUUACAAGCUAGGAGGCAACGUUGAGCUUUUCCGUCUCUCAGAAUGUGCUAUGAAUAACAUUACAAAAAAUCUCGAAGAGCUGCAUCGAAAGCACCCUGAACACGCAAGAGAAUGCUUCAGACGAAGGUACCAAAGAACACUGAGCUUCUAUUACCUAGAUCUUCCACACACAAUGACUGAUGAGAACGACUUCUGCACCAAAGUCAUAGGAAAGCUGGAGGAAUGGCAAAGCAGUGGCAUCUGCAAUCGAACCGAUAUGCAGAGGUUGUUAGACCGAGUAUAUGAUUCGGUUCACAUCAAAAAUUUUGUCACAUCUAGAAGCAACCAAUGCGUCUUCGACUGCUGCAUGCUUGACUUUUUCACGUUCCAGUAUAAGUUCCAAAGCUUUUAUGCCUUUGAUGGGAAGCCUUGUGGGGAAAUAUACAACUACCGGAACAGAAGAAACUGUGUUCUUGGCGCGUGUGUGGCGCAGAAUUACACCUUGCCUUUGUGACAGAGCCACCUUCCAGUUCGAUGUGGAAACUACAUGCUCAAACGUGAAUGCAUGAAAACACUGUUGUACUCUGAUAAGUAUUUCUCCUAAUAAAAGCAGCAAACGGAAUGAGAGCUUCA